CAUUUUCAAAGUUAGUUGCAAUUGCAGCACGCAAAAUUCAUGGUGUUUAAAAAGUAAUAAUAAAGUGUUUAUCUAUAAUAAUUCAGCGAAAGUUUGUAAACUGUGUUAAAAUUCGGUACUCAAAGUAUUAUAUAAAGUAGUGCAUAGCAGCUUUCAGUUGAAUUAAGAAGAGGUCACAUCAAUGCAAAAAUAUGAGCUUAGCAAAGAAUCCAGUUUGCCCGUUCGAAAAGCAGGAAGUGGUGUGCAAAAUAUGCGAGGGCACGGACGGUGCAAUGGAAUCGAUUUUCUGCGAGCCGAACGAUCAUCGACUGUUGAACAAGAUCUUUAAAUCGACGAAUGUGAAGGUACAACCAGUCUGCGGGAUCCUAUCACCGAUUUGUGAAUUUUGCCGGGCACGAAUCGACCAGUUCGACGAUAAUUUUCAGCCUCGCUGUCAGGAGUAUGUGGUGGAGAAGAUAAAAUUUACCGCGCCAGCGUACGAUCCGUUCAACUGUUUGGAUCCUUGUGAGCCGGACAUAGAUGUGAAGGAGGAAUGUCUGGCGGAAAAGUUGAAGGAAACGGAUGAACCUUUCGUUAAGGAAGUGCAAAUUCCUUUGAACUGCGAGGAUACGGAUGAUGAGGAGGACAAGACGUUAAAACUUGGGGUAGAGACGCAGACGAAGAUAGAGAUAGUAGGCGACUCUGGAUUGAGUAAAGACGACAGUGAUGAUGAUGAUAAGUUUAAUCAAGAAAGUGAUCGUGAUACUCAAGAAGAUGAUGAAGAUCGCGAUUAUACACCAAAUGUCGAACAUUCUCAGAAGAGGAAGCGAGGUCGACCGAAAUUAGUUUUGCCUAAUGAAGGCAAAGCGCCCACAAAAUGCACAAUUUGCGAUAAGCUGGUACUCUACAUGAAGGAGCACAUGCAGACCCAUGCAAAGGACAAGAGGUUGAAGUGCCCUCACUGCGAUCGCACAUUUGCGCAGAGCAAUAAUCUUACCUACCACAUUAGGAAGCAUACCGGGGAGAAACCGUUUCCUUGCAAUAAAUGUGAUAAAAGUUUUAUAUGUAAAUCUCAUCUGAUUUCACACGCGCGAUACCAUGAAAACGACCAGCCUUACCAAUGCGAAGUCUGCUCGAAACGCUUCAACCAGGCUUGCAAUCUGACCAAACAUCUACGCGUACACAGCGGCGAGAAGCCCUACAGCUGUAAGCUAUGCGGAAAGGCGUUCAUGAAUCUGUCCAACAUGAAGGUCCACGAGAAACGACACCAGGGAGACCAGAGCUUUACCUGCGAAGUGUGCUCGAAAAGUUUCUACGACAAGUAUCACCUCGAGCGGCACAUGAUGGUCCAUACGAAGAAGAAACGUUUCAAAUGUGUUCGCUGCCCGAAACAAUUCGACACGGUCGAAGAUCUCAAAUCGCACGCAACGCAUCACAAAGAUUCGGAAGAGUUCAUCAGUUGCGAACAUUGUAGUAAGCCUUUCAACACCAUCCACAAGCUGAAUCUCCACAUGCGGUCCCAUAUGGUGAUCGAGGUAGACUCGUUAAAAUGCGAUGUCUGUGCGAAGCAGUUUAAGCGGCGCGAUCACUUGGAAUCGCAUCGCGAUAAAGAACACGGCCAACGGGAGAAGCAGACGAAGGCACCCCGAGAGGUCAUCAUCGAUCCGGAAACGGCGAAAGCCCAGUUGGCGGGACCUUUCCAGAAGCCUUACCAGUGCGAGGUCUGUUUCAAAAUCUUUAACCAGGCCUUCAAUUUGAAAGUGCAUCUGAAGACGCACAUACCGGACGAUAAGCUGCUCGGAUGUGACAAAUGUCCGAGGCAGUUCAGGCGGCGAGAUCACCUGGAGGCGCAUCAACGUAAGGGCGAAUGCUUGCCGGAAACGACGGCGGUGAUGACUGUUGAAACGAAUGAUGAGAUGGAGGAAAAGCCUGACUUUAAUUCGAUGAUUGAUCUUUCUCCGGAGAAGGUUCCUCUGGAUACGCAUCAGAUUGUACUUGCAUUUGAAGUUCAGAGAGUGUAGCAGUGGUUUGUUCACAAUGAAUAGGAAGGAUAACUUUUUGGGUAUUUUUGGCAGUUGCGUUUUUCCUUCGUCAUAGCAGUCAUAGGUUUGGGGGUUUGUCGGCCAAGCUGCUUGAACUUGGUCGAAUAAUUCAGUAGGUAUGAUAGGGAAAGUUUCGUGGCCAAGUUUGAGUUCAUUAGAGGUUUCAGAAAAUAUCUCUUGACGAAGAGAACGAGAAAAUAGCAAAAGUUGCCCUAAUAGAAUGUUGAACUAAUAAUGAAUUUGAUCAAAAGUAUUAUGCAUAGGAGGAGUUUAUUUUGUAUACUAAGAAUUUCAAUAAAAGUUUAAAAAGUUUGAAAACUGAA